AUGCGGAAUUUGCCUAUCUCGAACCCCAAGGUGUACCGAAUGCAAAGCAAAGCAAAGAUAACCGUACACAUCGUAGUUGCUACUAGGCCAAAGGCCAAAGAAGGAAAAAGACCAAAGGCUAAAGGCCAAAGAAGGCCAAAGGCCAAAGAAGGCCAAAGGCCAAAGAAGGCCAAAGGCCAAAGAAGGCCAAAGGCCAAAGAAGGCCAAAGACCAAAGGCCAAAGAAGGCCAAAGGCCAAAGAAGGCCAAAGGCCAAAGAAGGCCAAAGGCCAAAGAAGGCCAAAGGCCAAAGAAGGCCAAAGACCAAAGGCCAAAGAAGGCCAAAGGCCAAAGAAGGCCAAAGGCCGAAGAAGGCCAAAGGCCAAAGACCAAAGGCCAAAGAAGGCCAAAGGCCAAAGAAGGCCAAAGGCCAAAGAAGGCCAAAGAAGGCCAAAGGAAAAAGAAGGCCAAAGAAGGCCAAAGGCCGAAGAAGGCCAAAGGCCAAAGAAGGCCAAAGGCCAAAGAAGGCCAAAGACCAAAGGCCAAAGGCCAAAGAAGGCCAAAGGCCAAAGAAGGCCAAAGGCCAAAGAAGGCCAAAGGCCAAAGAAGGCCAAAGGCCAAAGAAGGCCAAAGGCCAAAGAAGGCCAAAGGCCAAAGAAGGCCAAAGGCCAAAGAAGGCCAAAGACCAAAGAAGGCCAAAGGCCAAAGGCCAAAGAAGGCCAAAGGCCAAAGAAGGCCAAAGGCCAAAGAAGGCCAAAGGCCAAAGAAGGCCAAAGGCCAGAGGCCAAAGAAGGACAAAGGCCAAAGAAGGCCAAAGACCAAAGGCCAGAGACGGCCAAAGACGGCCAAAGGCCAAAAAAGGCCAAAGGCCAAAGAAGGCCAAAGGCCAAAGAAGGCCAAAGGCCAAAGAAGGCCAAAGGCCAAAGGCCAAAGAAGGCCAAAGGCCAAAGAAGGCCAAAGGCCAAAGGCCAAAGAAGGCCAAAGGCCAAAGAAGGCCAAAGGCCAAAGAAAGCCAAAGGCCAAAGAAGGCCAAAGGCCAAAGAAGGCCAAAAGCCAAAGAAGGCCAAAGGCCAAGGGCCAAAGAAGGCCAAAGGUCAAGAAAGGCCAAAGAAGACCAAAGGCCAAAGGCCAAAGGUCAAAGUCAAAGGCUAAAGCCAAAGAUCAAAGCCAAAGACCAAAGUCAAAGGCCAAAGCCAAAGGCCAAAUCCAAAGGCCAAAGCCAAACGUCAAAGCCAAAGGCCAAAACAAAACCCAAUCCAAAUCCAGUGGAAAUUUCCCACUUAGAGUGAAGAUCUCCUCUUCUGCGAUGUUCGUUGACAUACGUACAUUGUAG